GUGAAGAAGGGCGGCUUUCCCAGAGACUGAGGAUUCUGUGAAGACCUUACACUUGGACGCAAAGCAAGGAUGCGUGAAAUCGUGCAUCUUCAGAUCGGCCAGUGCGGGAACCAGAUCGGAGCCAAGUUCUGGGAGGUGAUUGGCGAGGAGCAUGGGAUCGACUCGGCCGGGGGCUACUGUGGGGACUGUGCCUUGCAGCUGGAGAGGAUCAGCGUGUACUACAACGAGGCCCACGGUAAGAAAUAUGUGCCCCGGGCGCUGCUGGUCGACCUGGAGCCUGGGACGAUGGAUAGCAUCCGAUCCAGCAAAUUGGGAGCUCUCUUUCAUCCGGACAGCUUCAUCUACGGUAACUCCGGGGCCGGCAACAACUGGGCCAAGGGCCACUACACGGAGGGCGCCGAGCUGGCCGAGAGCGUGCUGGACGCCGUGCGCAGCGCCAGCGAGGCCUGCGACUGCCUGCAAGGCUUCCAGCUGGUGCACUCGCUGGGCGGCGGCACGGGCGCGGGCAUGGGCACGCUGCUGCUGAGCCGGAUCCGGGAGGACUUCCCCGACCGCAUCCUAAACGCCUUCAGCGUCCUGCCCUCGCCCAAGGUGUCCGACACGGUGGUGGAGCCCUACAACGCCGUGCUGUCCCUGCAGCAGUUGGCGCAGAACGCCGACGCCUGCUUCUGCAUCGACAACGAGGCGCUCUACGACAUCUGCCUCCGCACACUCAAGCUGGCCGCGCCCAGCUACGGCGACCUCAACCACCUGGUGUCCCUGACCAUGAGCGGCAUUACCACGUCCUUGCGCUUCCCGGGCCAGCUCAAUGCCGACCUGCGCAAGCUGGCCGUGAACAUGGUGCCCUUCCCGCGCCUGCACUUCUUCACGCCUGGCUUCGCGCCGCUCACCAGCCGCGACGGCCGGCAGUACCGCGCGCUCACCGUGGCCGAGCUCACGCAGCAGGUGUUCGACGCGCGCAACGCCAUGGCCGCCUGCGACCCGCGCCGCGGCCGCUACCUGACCGUGGCCUGCAUCUUCCGGGGCCGCAUGUCCACCAAGGAGGUGGACGAGCAGAUGCUCGGCGUGCAGACCCGGCACAGCAGCUGCUUCGUGGAGUGGAUCCCCAACAACGUCAAGGUGGCCGUCUGUGACAUCCCGCCCCCGGGGCUGAGCAUGGCCGCCACCUUCAUUGGCAACAGCACGGCCGUGCAGGAGCUGUUCGGCCGCGUGGCGGAGCACUUCUCGACCAUGUUCCGGAGGAGGGCGUUCGUGCACUGGUAUACCAGCGAAGGCAUGGACGUCGGCGAGUUUGCAGAGGCCGAGAGCAACAUCCGCGAUUUGGUGUCCGAGUACCAGCAACUGCAAGACGCCAGAGCGGUUCAGGAGGACGGAGAGGUCGUGGGGGAGGCAGAAAUGGAACCGGAAGAUGGGCCACACGAACCUCGCGGGGCGGUGUGAGGUCGGCUGCAGACCCCCUCCCGCCUCCCUGCCGUCCCGCCGACUCCCCACGGGACGCGCCGCAGCCACCCGGUAUCCGCACGCAUGCACGGCCGCGGGGACAGGGGCCUGGGCGGGAGCUGGGAGCGCUGGGGCCUUCCGCUGGCUUUCACUAGCUUUCAAGACUUUGCUAUUCACUGCACACUCUAUUAACCGGGUUUUAAUGGCAAAGUGAACGUAUCGUGAAGCACACCACCUUUGUUUAGAAAUGUUGAUCGGGUAGUUACUGCAGGCACGGCGCUGUGCCAGGCAUCAAGACUACCCUCAAGACUACCUACGUGCAUGGCUACCGCGGCUGACGUCCACCUCCACCCUUUCGCAGCACCGAUGAGCACCCUGGAACCCUUGCUUGGCACCCCUGCUAAGAGUCAUACCCCAGCUUCUGUCAUGUGCACUGCCCAGCAUCCUAACUCCUGGUGCUCGCUGGCCUCCCGAAAAGCCAGGUGACUAACUGGUACGUGGGGAGCUGUGCAGCCGAAGCAAGUGUGAGUCAGCAUCCACUAGUGAAUCGUGUAGACCUUGAGUGCACGUCCGUGUACUAACUGGAAAGGGAAAAAAGGGAGGGCAGAAAAAAAAAAAAAGUGGCAGUGCUUUUUACCAAAAUACCUGGCCAAGAAAAACCCCUCAAACGACAGGCAACAGUCACCAACCCCAAUCCUCUGAUCUUUAUUUCUGAAUAGCUACCUGUUAACAUAGAUGUUUAGAUACUCUUUAAGUUUCUUAGGGGUGUUGGAUUCUGGGAAUUCAUUAAUCACCAUCUUCGGUUUUCCUGGUAAAGGCUGUUUCAAAAUGCCCUUUUCACUUUCAUUCAGUAAACACCUUCUGA